AUGUCUCACGAAUACAAAGGCUGGGAGCUUGUGUUUACUUCUGAAAUUGAGAAUGAUAAUAGCCUGGCAUCUCAUAAACCACCCACAAGAAGAACCAAUCGUAGGAGCAAAGCAGGCUCAACUCAUGCUCCGUCAGAUAACCUUAUAUUGCGACGCAAGCAAGAUCAAUUUCAAGUGAAGGUCGGUGAUACAAUUGUGGUUACUGCUGGUGACGAGUCCAACAUUGCUUUGAUUAAAGAUAUACGAUUUGGUAUCAAUGACUUUGUCGAAAUCAUGGUUAUUUGGUUUAGUGAAAGAGAUGAGAUCAAAGCAAUUCCGGUAGAUAUUGAGGUAAUCGACAAAGAGAUAUUUAUAACUCCCUACCAGGACGAAAUUGAGCUUGAGAAAAUAGGUGACCAUGUUCAAGUUGUAUCCGAAAAAGAAUUCGAGAGGUGUAACGGAGCUCAAAGGGAGGAUAAGCAGGUAUUUAUGUGUCGUAGAGCAACAAAUGAACAAGACAAGUUUUCAGAGAAAUUCGAUUAUGAUGAACUUAUGCAAUUAUUCACUGAAGGCGUGGACCAUUUUCAUGAUACUUUAAAAAAGCUUGUGUUUAAUCCCGAACUGUUGAAGAAAUCAGAGAAGGAAAAACAGCAGUCAAAUGCAGGGAGGAAAAAGCAGCCGACAAGUGCAAAGAAUGAACCAGGAAGCACGGCACAGGCACCAACUGCAAAGACUACCGCAUCGGAUUCUGAAGGCUCCCCUUAUUUCCUAGAUACAGAUGACGAAAGCGAAAGUUUUGAAGUAUCCGAUGACGAAGUAGCUCCACCAAGAACAACAAAGUGCAAGCAAGCAGCUACCCCAUCUCCCAGGAAAAGAAAAGGCCCAUCGUCACUAGCAUCUAGUAAAACCCUGUCCCCUAUAAAGAUGACCCGAUCGGUAAAUUCAGAGAUUGAAAGUAUCUAUUCCGUUGUUACUCCUCGUAAGAAAAUCAGAGUCAUCCAAGACCAGGGCCAGCUCCCCACAUUUACAUCUCCAUCGAAAAAGCUACCGGAAGGAACACUAGACCCCACUUCUGAAGCUUUCCGAGAAGUAAAGGAAAAACUACAUACAUCUCAACGUUUGAAUGCACUUCCUGGUAGGGAAGAUGAGUUUCUGAUGAUUUACGCCAGUUUGGAAAGUGCCAUAAAUGAAGGCACUGGAUGCUGUAUAUACGUCAGCGGUGUUCCUGGAAUGGGCAAAACUGCAACUAUAAAAGAUGUUAUUGAACAGAUGGCCGGGUUAACUGGUGAAGGCUACGUCAAGCCAUUCAAUUUUUUCGAAAUCAAUGGAUUAAAGUUGCUCGCACCGACAGUUGCUUAUAGCAUGCUAUGGGAGUAUAUAACUGGUGGUGAUCGAGUUGUUGAUUCCAAUGCAGCAAUUUUAUUGGAAGAGUACUUUAAAAGGAGUGACGACAAACGGAAACCUUUAGUGGUGAUGAUGGAUGAAUUGGACCAGAUAGCCCAAAAGAAGCAAAACGUCAUGUACAAUUUUUUCAAUUGGCCUACAUAUGCCACUUCGAAACUUAUCGUUAUCGCAGUCGCAAACACCAUGGAUCUACCUGAGAGGGUUCUUGCCAACAAGAUUUCAUCAAGAAUGGGGUUACGAAGGAUCCAGUUCAAGGGGUAUACUUAUCAGCAACUAGGCGCGAUCAUUCAGCAUCGAUUAGACAUGUUGACGAAAACUAGCCGGCACAAGGUUGAAAUCAGUCCAGAUGCCAUCGGAUUUGCGUCACGAAAAGUAGCCAGUGUCAGCGGUGACGCUAGGCGUGCGUUAACUAUAUGUCGCCGAGCAGUUGAAAUCGCUGAACAACAAUAUUUGGAAAACACUGAACAAAGUGGAGAAGUCCAUUCAUCAUGUCAAGUAUUGAUAUCUCACAUAUCGCAAGCCAUCAGCGAGAGUGUCAAUUCGCCCCUAGCUAAAUAUUUAACCACCUUGCCAUUUGCAGCUAAACUCUUUCUUGCUGCCCUUUUAAGAAGAACGAGAAGAAGUGGAUUGGCGGAAAAUUCAGUAGGUGACAUAAUUGACGAGAUGAAAAAUUCCAUGGCCAUGUUUACAACUUCCAACCCGUUCAUGACGGAUUCAUCAAUGUAUGACUUGUUGUACACCGACAAGAUUGGUGACAAAAUACGCGUCAAUAUAAGAAUACAUCACUUUGAAUUUGUCUUGAAUUCGUUGGUAGAAGCCGGAAUAAUCAAUCAACAAAGUUUCUCAAGUGACAGAAGAAGAAUGGUGUUGUUAAACGUUAGUGAGGAAGAGGUGGUUUCUGUAUUGAAAAAGGAUCAUGAAAUCUCACAAUUUUUGUAG